AUCCCAGAGGUUUUGAGCUUCUGUCCAGAGCGACGCUCUGGGGCUCGGGGCCCGGGAGGGAACCGGAAACGGUCUGGCUCCCGUGGCACUUCAAGACCAUGUCCUGGGGGAGGCAGGUGGCCAGCAGAGGACAAGUGGACGCCAGCCAGCCGCCGCCACCCGCAGGGCCAAGGCGGCUCGCGGCGCCGAGAGGAUGAGCAAGUUCCUGCGGCACUUCACCGUGGUGGGGGACGACUACCACACCUGGAACUUCAACUACAAGAAGUGGGAGAAUGAGGAGGAGGAGGACGAGGAGGAGCCCGCGACUGCGACGGCAGGGGCCGAGGAGGGCAGAGGCGCCGCCGCCCCCGCCCAGCCCGGGCCCCGGCCCUCAGCGCAGUUCAGAACCUCCCUGAGGAAGCUCUUCAGCUCCCACCGCUUUCAGGUCAUCAUCAUCUGCCUGGUGAUUCUGGACGCGCUGCUGGUGCUCGCCGAGCUCAUCCUGGACCUGAGGAUCAUCCAGCCCGACAAGAACAACUAUGCCGCCAGGGUGUUCCACUACCUGAGCAUCGCCAUCCUGACCCUUUUCAUGAUGGAGGUUUUCUUCAAAAUAUUCGUCUUCCGCCUCGAGUUCUUCCACCACAAGUUUGAGAUCCUGGACGCCAUCGUGGUGGUGGUGUCCUUCGUCCUAGACAUCGUCCUCGUGUUCUGGGAGCACGAGUUUGAGGCCCUCAACCUGCUCAUCCUGCUGCGGCUGUGGCGGGUGGCGCGGAUCAUCAAUGGGAUAAUCAUUUCUGUUAAGACGCGCUCAGAGCGGCAACUGCUCCGGUUAAGGCAGCUGAACGCGCAGCUGGCGGCCAAGAUCCAACACCUCGAGUUCAGCUGCACGGAGAAGGUAACCAGAGCCCGGGGGUCGGGGGGGCGCCCAUCGGUCACCACGCCCCGGCACCCCGGGUCCUUUCAGCCUGGGCCCAGGCGUCACCUCCUUCCCAAGUGUCUCACCAGGUCCCCAGGACCCGCGGCUCACAGCUCAAGGCCUUCCUCCCCUUUGUACUGACAGGAGCAAGAAAUCGAGCGGCUGAACAAGCUGCUGAGACAGCACGGGCUGAUGGGCGACGUGAGCUAGGCCCGGGCUGCCUGGCGCGGCUCCCGCGGGGACAGGCCUCCGGAAGGCCCGAACUCCUCUCCGGCCGACCCAGAGUUCCCCGUCCCUCGCUGGCACUGGCCAGUGCACCCGAAACCCAGCGUCUCGUUCAACACGUGGCUCUUGCUUCAAGCUGAACAAAGCUGGCUGGUGACUUAGCCGCGACUCGGAACUCGCCUCACCAACUGCUUCUCAAACUUUCCGGCCUCGUCCCUGGAAAGGAGAAAGAAAGGGCCACUCCCUUGGCCUCCCGCCCUGCCGUGGACACCUUCAUCCCGCCCCGCUCAUCUCCCCAGGGCGGGGGUUCCCAGCUGGGGCCCCUCCCCUCCCUCUCAGCAUCCUCCAGCUUCUAGCUGGCUCCGCCUAGUUCUGCCCCCUGACAACAUUUUUCUCAAUUACCGUCCAAUUAACAUAUAAAUAAGCCCUCUCCUUCCCUGGGGCCCUCCUACUAGAUUCUCCCCGGCUUCAGCUGCUCUGCGGGUCCCUGGCCAGCCUCCCGUGGGAGAGCCAGCUAGCUUCAGCGCCUGGCAGAGACGCGGCAAUUAGCCCAGACUCCACUAUAAUUAACGUGGCACUGGGGGAAGAGUCCCCAGGAGGUCUCGUGUGCGCACGAUUUCCUACCAUCGUUGCUAUUUUUAUACGCAAGCAAGACCUGAAAAGGAAAGAAAACCUCAACUACAAACAAUGACUGUUUUUUUAAAAAUAACUCACAUCAAAGCGGGGAAGGGUAACUGGGAUAAACCCGCAGAGCCGGCACCAAUUCAAGGGACGUUCUCAGUCUUCUCAAAGGCGCCACCUGCUUUCCACUUAGGUGGGGAGUAGCGGAAUUAACAAAGAUGCCCCGACCAUAAAAAGUCAAACCCAAUAGAAUAAAAUUUCCAAAAGGUAAAAAGGAGGGGAUGCGUGGAGCGAGGAGGCCGUCUGCUUUGGGGGCAGCCUCUCUGGGGGGCUUCGGGGCCCACACACA